AUGAGUGAAGUGAGCAAUGCGAUGAACAACACAUUAAUAGAUGAUGAUGUCAACAAUAAUGGCAACAACAACAAUUAUAUGACAGAUGAGCAGACUGAAAAGUUAAACUUUCUCGAGAGGAUAAGAUCAAAGGAGAGGGAUAUUGCCAAGGUCAAGUCGUCGAUCUAUCAUGAGAACGAUACGUUGAAGACUCAAGACCUACUCUUGGACGAGUUGCUCAAGGAGCGCAAUGCAUUGGUACAAGAGCACAAGUAUCACGAGGCAAUCAUCAAUGACAUUCAAUCUGAUAUCAAACAUAUUGAUAGGUUGAUCAAAGAAAGAAAUGCUGAAAAGACUAGGAUACAGAAGGGUAUUAAUAAUUUACAUGAUACACAGUUCAGUCCUUUGAAGGAUUCGCUGGACGAGAUGAGAAGAUCGGUUGGUUUGCCACCUUUACCAUCAUUCGACUCAGAGAGGACAAGAUACCAGACAGAGUAUUUGACACAGCGACUCACUGAGGAGAUUGAAUAUGCCGCGCCAACUGGCAAGCAGGGGUCGUCUUCUGGUACCAAGCGCAGGCGUUGA